GGAAAGCGCUUGGGCUGGUGCCCAUUGUGGAUAUGGUCGACUCCAAUAGCGGGAGGGAUAAUAGCGCAGGUAGAUUUCUUCCACACCUGAAGGUGGGGAGUCGUUAGGUAGUUCAAUACUUACUGUCAAUCGCUGCGCUGACUCAGACAACACGCAGCCUGGCCCUGGCCUCGUGUUAAGUUAGGACAACAAUUUGUGAAGCUUUCAGCUUUACAAGUGCAGUUUGGUAUUGUGCUCUUACUGGACGGAAUUGGAUUAUUGGAAACAGUGUGGUGCAAAGGCUUUAGAUUGUGAACAUAUCGGAUUUGAAAAGAUUUAAUCAGGCAAUGGGUAGUAAGAUCAAGCCUGGAUGUAACGUGUGGGUAUUGUCGUGCCACAUGGAACAAGUCUGUGUUCAGUUCAUAGUCCCAGAACCAAGGUAAAACCAUAACACGUAAAACGUGCGGAGCAACAAAAAAUACACUAAUAUCAUAUGGACCAAACCCGUUUUAAGUAUUACUGUAACAGGUUAGUACCAUUGUCGUCGAACACUUGUUUAAAACUUAUAUGUUCUUUAAAACACGAUGCUAGGUGUUCAUUCAUAGGUGCCAAACCAAACCCAAAGUGGAUAUCUCAAAGGACCAUGGUGACCGGCUAAAAGAAGUUCGUAUAGCCAUAUCGGACUUGGACAUGGAGUCCCUCUUGAGCAGGGCCCGGAAGCUUGACCGGCGGUUGACCAUCAAUGUCGGAGGGGUGUCCUACCAGACCCUAAGGAGCACCCUGGAGCGCAAGCCGGGCACCCGUCUUGCCACCAUGGCGAUCCUUCACGAGCGGGACGAGAGCUGGGACCCCGACUGUAAGGAGUUCUUCUAUGACAGACACCCGGGGGUGUUCGCGUCUAUCCUGCACUACUACAGAACGGACGAGCUUCACACGGAUCAUAAUAUAUGUGGCAAUAUCAUACGAGGGGAGCUGGAGUACUGGGGGUUGACGGAGCUGGACAUAGAGCCAUGCUGCUGGGGCAACUACAGUCGCUUCAAGGAACACAAAGACACUCUGGCGGACCUCGACGAGAACUUCACCCUGGGACUAGACGAGAAGGCGUGGGGGGAGAAACCGUCGUCACUGCAGAAGUUCAAGAAACGGAUUUGGAUGUUCCUGGAGGACCCCGCGUCAUCACGAUGGGCAAAGGUGUAUGCGGUCGUAUCAAUGUUCUUCGUAGUUCUGUCUAUCGCCGUGUUCUGCCUUGAGACCCAUUCCUGGUUCCGAGUGCCUCUCCCGGGGGUGACUCUCCCCAACACAACAUCAUUGGAGGUCACCAGCAGGGGGGACGGGGCAUGCUGCUGUAAGGUUAAGGUGGACGAACUCCCCAGUACACUCACCGAACCUCAUGACGCCAUGAAGUACAUGGACUACUUGUGUGCAGCUUUCUUCACAUUUGAGUAUCUCAUGCGACUGUUCUUUGCUCCGAGGAAGCUGGUAUUCAUACGCCAGCCUCUGAACGUCAUCGAUAUUUUGUGUCUCCUUCCGCAUUUCAUCGCCAUCACGAUCAAGACCAUCAACCCUGCAGAUUCUGCCAGCCAUUUUCUCAAGUCCGUCCUGGCUUUAAGAAUCGUACGAGUCCUGCGGAUCUUCAAACUAAUGAAACACUACACCGCCUUCAAGAUUUUAGUCUACACUAUUAAAGUGAGCACAAAAGAACUUUGUCUCAUGGUUAUAUUCCUAUUUAGCGGGGUUCUAAUAUUCGCCAGCAUAAUAUAUUAUGCGGAAAAUGCAACAUUCAAUAAUAUCCCAAUUGGUUUCUGGUGGGCUCUAGUAACCAUGACGACGGUUGGUUAUGGUGACAAGGUACCAGUCUCAGAAGGAGGGUACAUCAUCGGGUUUAUGUGUGUGUUGUGUGGGGUGUUAACAGUGGCCUUCACGGUCCCAAUCGUGGUCAAUAACUUUACUCUUUAUUACGCGCAUGCGCAAUCAAGGGUGCGGUUACCCGAGAAGAAGCGGAAGGAACUACAGCGGAAGCUGCUGCUUAAAAAUCAGAGAGCAACAGACUUUAUAAAAAAAUUGACAAUUAACGUUGCGAACAGAAAGAAAAAUAAAAGUGAAUUCAGUGUCAUAGAAGAUGUGAAGAAGAAAGAAGAACCUUCUUCCGACGCUAAUAAAAAUAUAGGAGCAAGCUACAAACCUAAGACAGCAGCUGAGGAUCGAUGGAACCGAAGUCUACAGGGCUCCCGUAUCACCACUGUGUCGGAGUGCGUCACAGAAACUAUGGAACUACCAAACUCACCUAUCAGCCUCUCAAUAGAUGAGGGACAGAAAUCGGCCCAGCAGAUUGAGACGGAACAGCUGCUAAAUGACCUGCACGGGAAGAACGAGAAGUUGAAGGAAGAGAGGCGGCGUCAACUGGACAUGGUCAAUACCAAGAGGGAGCAGAAACGCCAGGCUAGGAUGACCCCUCGCCCCUCCCCGGCGCCCGCUGCCGCUGCCAAGACAAAGCCUGCACCUGUAGAGACCCCUGAACCAGAUAAUGGCGAGACAAAAUGAGAAACAAUGGGAGAGUUGGCCAUCAAUCAGGCGUGCUGUCACAAGUACGUCCAUCGCACCAGACCACACAGAGUUACCUAUUUCACCGAACGUGGAAUCGACAUUCUUGAUGCAUACAAGGGAUGCUGAUGUUUCUAUCGGCUUCUGUAAUUGGCAUGUUCUUUUCAUUGCCAAUUUACAUCGGUCAACCGUUGUGCUAUCAAUUACGCACCACGUUUAGCCAUUGAUCGUUUUGUGUCAUCUCUUGCGGACAAUGGGAUUGAAUUAUUUGACGGGUUAUUUCCGACACAGAUGUAUUGAACAAUUACCAAACCCCUGACAGUGAAUAAUUGCAAUAGAUUCCACUAAACAAACACAUUGUGCAAUUGAAAUGCUGAUAAUAUUGAUGGUGUAUUGACGUCGUUAUAUGACUGUGUUUUAUAUAAUAACAUGUGAUAGAAAAGAUUACAUGUCACAUCGUAUACCUACGAUGGCGAUGUCGCAUGAUGUAUUGGCACGAUGGAGUGAACAAUUCAAAUAUGUUUUCGUUCAACAAAAACAAUUGCCAAACAUAUCCAAAAUCGUCUUUGAAAUAAGAAAAACCCAUUAAUUUGACUACCAAAAAUGGCCAUUAUGCUUUCGAUCAUGUAUUCAUGAAAAAUAUAUAGUUAUUUCCCUCAAUGUUUGCACUGAAACUGAUAUCUAAUGAUACACAGCGUGUCUAAUGUCACGGUCACUCAUCCCACUUCACCCUGCUAUUCCAACGCAUGACUGCAAACCCUUUGUACAUAAUUAUACAUGUGUAAAUACGGUAUAUUUACAUACAAGGUUAUUAAUUAAUGUUAUAGAUUAGGCAAACAUUUUAUGGCACUCCGUUCAAACGACAAUUGAUAUACGUUAUUACGCAGUGAAUUUACCGAUGGUACAGUAAGUACCGUAUUCCCUCUGAUAUACGCUUCCUGUUGUAUCUUUCGGACAUUAUAAUGACCAGGCUCUUAUUGGAGAGCAAUGUCUUCACGUUUUCUCGCUGAAGAAAUCAGUUCACAAGCUUGAUGCUUAAGAAAGUUUAAAUACACAGCGUUUGUUAGAGAUCUUGUCCCCUUUCUUCCAUUAUCUGACGACUAUAGGAUCUCCCGUGUCUCUGUUGGAGCUCCGUCGUAUGUUGGUGUUCUGACAUUUAUCGGAGCUCCGUCUUGCAUUAAAUCACUGGAUGUCUAUAUGAGGAAAUACGUUAUGUUUUGGGUCAGAACACACCACCGUUAUUGGUUACACAGAGUAAUUACGGCUACUGCACUACCGAGCAUGUGUAAAUAGUAAUUAAUCAUUUGUAUUUUAUGCUAUGAUUGAAACCAUCCCACUGACUGAUAUGUACAUACACCGAGGGACAGUUCCAGCUACAGUAAGUUGUAAUGCAGUGACCUAUUGUUGAAAUUGAUUACUUAAUUAUGAAAGUUCUUCGCUCAUGAUCAGUUCAGGGAUGCUCUUGCAUCGUGCAAUUAUGUUUAGUUUUACAGUAUGAUUAUCAAAUCUGACAACUGUAGUUAUUAUGGAUUAAAUAUACAUUAAUUUUGAUAACGUGAAGUUUAAAACUGACAGUAUACAUCCCUUACCUGCAAGGAUCCAUUUCUUCAGGGUUCGAAUCGGAAACUCACAGGAGCAAUGCUUCUAUGUACCAGGCCGUACACACGGGUUUACCAGAGCGGUAGACAUCUACCACCUCAUGUCGGGAUUUAUUCCGACAGUGAAAAUGACCGCCGUAUUAUGACCGUAACACUGUUAAAAGCGGCGUUAAACUACAUACCAUAACAUACAUACAUAUCAAAGUUGCGAGUUUCACAUAGUUAUCAGUUUACACACACACACACACACACACACACACACACACACACACACACACACACACACACACACACACACACACACACACACACACACACAGUGCUAACAUAAAUGCACUCGUAUAACGUAUAUCGAUUAUAACUAGCCCAAUCACGGCACGAAAACGAUGUGUUUUUUCAAUGCUGGAACGUAUGGCAUAUCGUAAGGAAAUAUAUCGCACAUAAACCCAUACUCCCUCAAACACAUACACAGCAGGUUGGAAAUGCAUCUUUAUCUUCUUUUGUGGCUAAGGAUAAACUCAAAUAGAAAAACAUUUGCAAUAUCGCCCGUCUUUUCUCACCACAUACGUUGAUUAAAAAAACCGUAUUUAAAGUCAGAUUAGAUAUUUCAAAUAUCUACUUGCAAGCAUUACAUUACUUUGUGUGACAAGAUGCGGAAUGUAUAUUCAUAGUGUACAUACAUGUAUGAUGAAUGCAAUUUUGAAGUUUGCAAUUUACCAAUCACCGCUUUAUUACAUUUUUUAUCAUCAUGUAAUAACCGCGUACAUUUUCAUUAUGCAACGUUUGUCAUCGAUGUGGAUGUUCACAACCAUCGGUUACAACUUUGUUCCAACAGAAUCCUGACAAGAGUUAUUGUCGAUUUUGCUUCAAUACAUGUUCCUAUAUCAUCGUUUGAAGCAUGUAUUGCUCGAGGCUUUAAUGCAUCUGGCACCGCUUACUGUAAAGUUUCAUAUACAUUUUGUUAUAGAAAUCGUAUCCUUUCAUAAUGACAAAAACACUUUUAUUUUUGUUUACAAAGUGACAUACUUACAUUGAAAUACAGAAAUCAAGAUUGUUUACUUCAUGCCAUAUUUUGUAACUGAUCCUUGGCACUAGCUAUUUGACGAUGCUUCCCAUUGAUCCCUCUGCCUCUUGUGUCAUUUGACAUGACUCAGUACCCGAGGCCAUCUGGAAGGCCAUUCAGUGUUCUUGUACCGCCAAGGGGUUCUUGCUGUAUUUUGUACAUUUAUCAUAUAAGAUCAAUGUCAUGCACAUAUUUAAAAUGACGCAUUAACGUUCGUGAAAGAUGAUCAUAAAGAAGGCGUUAUGCUGUAUCUUUUCCCAGGUGUAUAAAUGCUGGUUCCAAGGACUGUUACAUUAAACUGUAAGCUCAGCUUAGAUGUCGUGCAAGCUGACCAAAGGACUGAACCAAAGGUUAUCAGAGACAUCACUUUUACUAUCCGCCUCCACUGUUUAUAUCGUGCAGCCAUCUUAAAUGCAUCAAUUAACUUAUUCUGUUCAUGGGUAUGUCAAACGUAAUGUAGAUUAGUUUUAAUAUAUUUUUUUUAUAUUUAAGAGACCUUUCACUUAAGAUCGGGAAAGUAUUUUCAUGUGUUAAAAUGAAGGAAAUUGCAUUCAUUGCCCCCUGAAAAUGUUGUCACCAAUUUGAAAGGUUCAUGCAGAUUUAAGCAUGACGUCUUAAUUAACUUAGGUACGAAAAACAAUGUGUAUCCCUAAAUGUCAGGUAAAUAACUGCCCGUGCUGAUGAUGGUGUUAGUUUCUCGACACAGACUGAUAUGCCGUUCUUGGAGAAGGCACGUCAUACAGUGACGCAGGUACUGUUUGUCUCCUGAGCCAAAGAUCUACACUAUGUCCAUGUCCCAAAAUGUUAGCUAAACUCUUGUUUGAUUGUUGCUGGGACGUUUCAAGCCCAUGAGAUUUUAACAUGUGCGCAUGUUGUGUUUUCUUAAGUGGAGCUCAUUGCGCCAUAUAUUUUUCUCAUUCACCAUUUCAAUUGGUAUCAUCAUUUGUAAUGCACGUUUUGCACAUUCAUUAAAACUUCGUUAACCCGGUCAGUAUCGCACCAAAUGAAAUUGUCCAGAUGAACAAAUGUCCGGAUUAACGAGUCAAGUGCACGUACUAAUGUCCCUUUGGUUCCCCCUACCUGGGAUGUCGAGAUGUCUCGAUUGUCGACAGUGUUUCACUGUACAAUGAGACCGAGAACCCCGUAAUCAGAACGGGGUGGUUUAUAUGCACUUAAAGGACAAUACCACGCACCCAUGAUUCGUUCAUCCGGACCUUUGUUAAUCCGGGCGAUUUAACUCGGAACGGUAACGUCCGGCUUAACAGGGUUUCACGCCAUACGAUUUUUUCUGACAUGAUUAUCUGCAUUGUGAACGGCAGAAUCGAAAUGUAUCACGUUUAACACCAUCAAAUUUGCUUAUCUGACAAUGAAGAAAUAUAAUUAUUUAAUCUAACAUUUUAAAAUCAGUUUGCUCUUACCACUCUUUGCGGACUGUGUGUGUGUGUGUGUACUUGAUAGAUGACUCAACAACAUUAAAUAACCCGUUAUGAAUUUAACGCAACGCAGUGGUGUUAUCUGCUAUUUAGGGCCACGGCAAUCUGAUUACCUGGUCUCUGAAAUGUCUCAAUCCUUAGAGCACAGCCACAGGCUUUGGUCCGACUGGAGUUCGUCAUUCGGGUCACAUGUAGUACCAUUAUACCCUGAUAAUUCACUUCAACCAAUGCACUUUGUACAAGAGUGUCGUUCAGUGCAUAUACGUCAGUAUUUACACAGACGCUGGGAUGUGGGUCCGUGGACGUUGAGUGGAAAGUGAAACGUUUGCACAAACUGUUCCCUGUUCGUGGCUGUACCCUAAGAUAGAGAGAGGAUGAGUCACAGUCCUUUAUCGCGAUUAAAAGCAACGCUUGCGAUAUCAAUGGGGCUCGGUUUCGCCUUGUUGAUAGUUACCCACAUAUCCUUCAUAUCCCAAUAUAGUUCUGCCACACGUCGUCUAUCGAAAACCUGGUGUUUAGUGACGAAGAGAAUAGCAAACGAGACACGAGGACUGUGUGAUCAUCUGUUUCGAAAGUCACAGACACGAGACAUCAUAGGCUGCAGAGUUUAGAGAUGUUAUGAUGUCUGGUACAUGUUAUUUUAUAAAGGAUAAUGUAAGAAAUGUUAAACUUUAACUGAGGUCAGCCUUUCAUUAUGAUGACGAAAUGUUAAUGAUAUAUGCAUGUAACUUCACGAACAGUUGAUCGCUCAUUCUAAACGAUGCCAUAUUUCUUUAGCUGAGCAAACAGCUUUGAUUAUGCUAAAGUGCAAUAUAUGAAAAUAUCGGGUGUAAUGGUUGGUAAGUUAUGACACAUUAACGCAAGUACAAGUAACACAAGUUAAUGUAACGUGUGAAAGCUAAAGACAUGCUAAUGUAAAGGGGUUCGGAAACGACAUGUUCAUGUAACGGGUUGCAGGAAACCACAUGUUUAUGUAACGGGUUACAGGAAACGACAUGUAUAUGUAACGGGUUACAAGAAAUGACAUUUUUAUGUAACGGGUUACAGGAAACGACAUGUAAAUGUAACGGGUUACAGGAAACGACAUGUUUAUUGAACGGGUUACAGGAAACGACAUGUUUAAGUGACGGGUUACAGGAAACGACAUGUAUAUGAAACGGGUUGCAGGAAACGAUAUGUAUAUAUAACGGCUUGCAGGAAACGAUAUGUUUAUGUAACGGGUUACAUGAAACGACAUGUUUAUGUAACGGGUUACAUGAAACGACAUGUUUAUGUAACGGGUUACAUGAAACGACAUGUUUAUGUAACGGGUUACAGGAAACGACAUGUUUAUGGAACGUGUUACAGGAAACGACAUGUUUAAGUGACGGGUUACAUGGAAAACGACAUGUUAAAUAGUACGUAAAAGGUGACAGGUAACUACAGUUCUGUCUGUUUUCGCUCCCUAAGGACUCCUUGUGUCAGUGAGUGACACCGGUAUUAAAGUCACACACAGCCAGCACUCGCAUAUAAAGAGGAGAAAGAAUUACACUUACGUGUUAUAAUCCAAAUGUCCAAAGGUUGUCCUUAUAUUCAGAAUUUGAUGAGUAUCAUUGAAACCAUUCCGUCCAAGACAUGUACUGCUGUUGAAUAAAGACAUGUUAUCAUCUUGUUGCA